CGUGGCCGGAAAUCCGACAUCUUGACGGAGGAAACACCUCGGAGUUGAGGAGGAAACUUACAACUUUUCAGCGGCGUGAAAACAGCAUUUAUCAAACAUGGGCAAUUUAUUCGCAAACCUCUUUAAAGUCUUUGGCAAGAAAGAGAUGAGAAUUCUCAUGGUGGGUCUCGAUGCUGCUGGAAAGACGACGAUUCUUUACAAGCUGAAGCUCGGCGAAAUUGUAACAACCAUCCCAACCAUCGGUUUUAAUGUUGAAACGGUGGAGUACAAGAACAUAAGUUUCACCGUUUGGGACGUUGGUGGUCAGGAUAAGAUUCGACCAUUGUGGCGUCAUUACUUCCAGAACACACAAGGUCUGAUCUUUGUGGUUGACAGCAACGACAGAGAGCGUGUGAAUGAGGCGCGAGAGGAGCUAAUGAGAAUGCUGGCGGAGGAUGAGCUCAGGGAAGCAGUCCUGCUAGUGUUUGCCAACAAACAGGACCUUCCAAACGCCAUGAAUGCUGCAGAACUCACUGACAAGCUGGGCCUGCACUCGCUCCGGCACAGGAACUGGUACAUUCAGGCCACGUGCGCCACCAGCGGCGACGGCCUCUAUGAGGGACUCGACUGGUUGUCCAACCAACUCAAAAACCAGAAAUAAUUACCUCGCUCUACUCUUUCUUAGUGUGUUGUUCUCAACACUUGCUUUACUCCAAUGUUUUUAAACAGACGGUGCUGGAAGCUGCGCUCAUUUCAUACCUGUCAUACAAUGUAAAUAGUUGCGUUUUUGUUGUGAGACGUUUUUUUGAGCACCAUUAUGCAAUAUCAACUUAGCCUUUCAUCGUUUUAUUUGCAUUGUUAUUGUCUGAGUCAUUUAAAAAGGGGAGAUAAGAAUAUCGGUCCUGUAAACUCCAAAACAUCUCAUUUGAAGCUUGCACAUGUAUUUUUUUGUUCUCUGUUUAACAAGACUGUCUCUUACAUGUACUGUAAGCUGUUUUGUUGGUCGAGUACAGGAAAUCAACCAGUACGGACACUACCUGCACAGAUUACGGUUCAGUUUAAAGGAAGAGAAACCAAAAACUCUGCAAAGGUUGAUAGGACCUCUAGUUUUACUGUCAGGAUACUUCAAGAGCCAUAGGUGUGAUGCCUUUAAUACAUUUUCUAUCUGUUAUCAGACUCCCAUUGCACAUUUGACAGUUUUUACUUUAGUGUUUACAUGUGGGAAAUGUUGGUGUAUCUCAGGAAACCUGUCCAGAACAUGUUUGGGUCAUAUUUCACACCAGAAUAAAAAUAAAUAAUAGAUUAUUUAAGGAACUUUAAUGGAAGUUUUUUUUUGCAUUAAAACUGUUUAAAGCACAUUUC